ACCAUCCCAUGAGACCCACACCUCUCCAACCCAUCACCCCAUAAGCUCCUUCCUCCCUCUCUCUAGUAGUAGUACACCUAUAUAUAUACAAUUCUAUUACACACAUAAUUUAGAGCUCCUCUCUUUAUAUAAAUUAAAAUAUUAAUUGUUACACUUACACCCUAAAGAGAAAGAAAGAAAGAUCAAGAUGGAAGAGAUGAUGAAACCUGCAUGGUUAGAAGGAUUAAUGGCGGAGAAUUUCUUUGGAGAAUGUGAGGUCCACCAAAAUAGGAGGAAAAAUGAGAAAAACAUCUUCUGCUUAGAGUGUUGUCAAAGCUUUUGCCCUCACUGCCUACCACAACAUCACUCACAUCCUCUUCUACAGGUGAGAAGAUAUGUAUACCAAGAUGUUAUAAGAUUGGAUGACCUAGAGAAGCUCAUUGAUUGUUCCUAUAUUCAGCCUUACACAAUAAACAGUGCCAAAGUUAUAUUCUUGAACCAAAGAGCACAAUCAAGGUCAUGCAAGGCUUCUGGCAACUCUUGUUUCACUUGUGACAGAAUUCUUCAGCACCCCUUCAACUUUUGUUCCCUCUCUUGCAAGGUUGAUUUUAUGGUGUAUCAAGGUGAAGAUCUAUCAAACAUCAUCUAUAGGUUUGAUGAUUCUGAGUUUGCACUCUCCCAAUUCGAAGGACUACACGUGGACACAUCUGAUUUGAUCGACGAGGAAAGCCAAAUUACUCCUAACUCCAUCUUAGAAGAUCCAUUAGAAUGCAGAGGUUCAUCUUGUUCAAAUAAUGUCAUGGGCAAUUCCGGUAUUUCACACGAUGGACAUAUGGUUAAAAUUAAGAAAAAGGGCAGUGGUUUUUUUCCAGGCCUUGUGCUUUCAUUGAGUAAUAGGAGAAAGGGAGCCCCUCAAAGAUCUCCUCUUUCUUGAAAAUAAAAUAAAAUAAUCAAAUAAUUAAGUAAUAUUUAGUACUUGUUGUAAUACUAUUAGCAUAAUUAGUUCUUUGGAUUUGUGACUGUAAUUUUGUGAUGUUUUUAGUGUCACUCUUAGGUUUUGGAAUUCAAUUUACCCACCAAAAAAAUGAUUCCAUUGUGAGCCAUAGGUUGAUGUUUAGAGAGGUUUCCACUAGAUAUUUAAGCUUCUCCCUAAUUAUCACCAAUUUUGUACUUCGGUCCAAUGGAACUUGAACAGAUAAAUAUAAUUAGCUUCUAAAUA